UCAUGAAAGGUCGUUUGUUGUUUAUUUAGUUGCGAGACACAACGUAUGCCAGACUUGUUAUUUUGUACGGUUGAAGUGAAAUUGCAUUAACACAUAAAAAAUGGGUGAGCGAAAAGGCGUCAAUAAAUAUUAUCCACCCGAUUGGAGGCCAGAAAUGGGAUCCAUUAAUAAAUAUCAUGGCACUCAUGCAUUACGAGAAAGGGCAAACAAGCUCCACCUUGGCAUUCUCAUCAUCAGAUUUGAAAUGCCAUAUAAUAUCUGGUGUGAAGGUUGUCCCGAUAAAUCCAUUCCUAUUGGAAUGGGUGUAAGGUAUAAUGCUGAAAAGACAAAAGUGGGAAUGUAUUAUUCAACCCCGAUCUACCAAUUUCGUUUUAAAUGCCAUCUUUGCCCGAACUACAUUGUCAUGAAAACAGACCCAGGGAAUUUAGACUAUGUAAUUGUCUCAGGGGCAAGAAGACAAGAAAGAAGGUGGGAUCCCUUGGACAAUGAACAAGUUGUUCCUGAAGAAAAAAGUACUAGCCAAAAAUUGGCUACAGACGCAAUGUUUAAACUUGAACAUGGCGAGAAAGACGCUUUGAAAUCCAAGACUGCGGCACCAGUCAUCGACCGAUUGCAAGAUCACAGAGAAAGGUGGAAAGAUGACUAUAGGACUAAUCGCAUUCUGCGAGAUCAAUUCAGAGCAGCAAAGAAGGACCUGAAAGCGAAAGCUGCAAUAGAUGCUGCUCUGCUGUCAAAAGCUUCUUUGGAUAUCAAGCUCCUUCCACAAUCGGAAGAUGACAAAAAAAUUGCCUCCUUAUUACGUCUGAAUCCAACACAAACUCCAGAAGAAAGGCAACAGGACGUCCGUCAAACUAUCGACUCAAGACCGCUAUUCAGUUCGCCAGAUACAGCAGAAAGCACCUCCAGGCGAAGUGUAAUGCCGAACCCUUUCGUUAAAGAUCCACGGGCCAAGAGCUCUAGUUCUGCUUUAACACGCCAUGAUCUUGGUGUUUGUUUAAAGCCGAAAGAUACGCGGGAUUCGGAGGAUGUAUCCAGCACCUCUUCAUCAGCUAAGGCUGGUCCAUCAAAGUUAGUCAGUCUCUGCAACUAUACUUCCAGUAGCAGUGACGAAGAUUCUCAAUAAAUUUGAUGGGGAAGAAAUGAAGUUCGCGGUUGCAAAUCGUAUUUUUACAAACGAAAUAUAACAAUUAUGCUUUGACAACUUGGAUAACACAUAACGAGCAAAACGAAUUGGAGCACAUUGAACCAUGAACAUGUGUAUAUACCAAUUGGAAUAAUAGUAGAUACAAACACGUUAACUA